GGUCCCCACUCAGUCAAAAUGGCUCCUGAUACGACAGAAUUCCUGAUUCAUGUGUACGACGAAUCAGAAAGAAAAAAAGGAUUUUGGAAAUAUAAUUAUAUUUUUCAAAUACAAUAACACAUUGAAUUGUUUAUACAGUCAGCAUUAUGGCUGAUAGAAAAGUAAUUUGUGUACUUUUGCUUUGCUUGCUUCCCAACUGCGCUACUGAUACCAUGCCUAUCGGAAUGUUCAGAACUGAGUGUCAGGAUCGCCACUUCUGGCUGUCAGUUAAAUCGAUCUUCCUUGGUCAGAGCUUUCGGUUUGAUGUUCAAGAUGUCAGUGGUGUACACACCCUGUCAGGCCAGGCUGCAGCAGAGUGUGGUUAUAACAUGGGGCUGGACUCGUGGGGGAACCUGGUCCUCCGGGCCUCUUACCUGGCUUGUUAUGUGGCCAAUGAGAAAGACUCUGCAUUCCAACUGCUGGUUUUGUUGGUGAACAGAGAUAUUGUUGGUGAGGAGACCUCCUACCCUCUCCAGCUGACCUGUCCUCUACACCACCCCUGGAAGCCCAGGGAAAUUGUCUGUGAGGAGAACUACAUGGAGGUGUCAGCCAUGAAGCAGGUCCCACCUGCAAACCAGAUGGGCAUGGAAUGGAUGCCAACACCACCAGUGAUGUCGGAGGAAGGCUUUAGGGAGUGGCGUGUGGUGUUUCAUGUGCCAAGCAAUCAGCAAGGGGAUGUGGCAACACCAUCUAUGAGGGAGCAGACCCUGCCUGUGGAGAUUGCCCAUCUGCUGGGCUACCGCAUUGGCACCACAGACAACCGUGUUCUGCUGCGCUGUUCCUAUGGAUCCCGCCUCUCCUACAAGCUACAGGAGAAGGACAUUGAGGUGGAGGCGGUCAGUGCCACCAUUCUUUUCAAACACCACUGGACACUUCUAAGAGCAGAUGUCUCUCUGGCUUGUACCAUAAAUAAGGCCUCCAUGGACGGUAAUAACAUUCUUCUGAGGUUUCCCAAGGUUCUGGCCCCCCUCAUACUGCCCCCACUUAGAAAUGAAAGAUUGAGGCUGGGUGUGGAGGGAGUGGUCCUGAGUGACUGUAUGAUUCGCCAGAGAGGAUAUGACAUACAGGAACAGGAUGGAGCUGUAGAAAUCAGAAUUCCCUUUGGUGCAGAAGGGGGUUCUAUCAAGAGUCAGGUGGUGGAAGGCCAAUACUCCCAGUCCUUUUUCUUAGACCUGUUCUACAUUCGCCUGUGGCAAGAUUCUCAGUGGGCAUUGACGGAGUACCGCUCCUUCAGACCGCUCUCCAUCCUUUAUUUGCCUAAAACACCGAUCCUCAUCAAUGAAACCAAUGUCUCAGAGGGUCUGUUCUCUGUCAUUCUGGGCUCGUUCCCUCGUGAUGUGUUUUUGUCCAACAUCACUGUGGCGUCGAAAUCCAUGGCCUGGGGGGAAGCAGAACAGAUGGGGGUUCACCUUGCACAGGUUCCCUUCCCAAACGGGAGCCACGCUUACCUAUUGCAGACCCACUUCUCACACCCCCUGGUCUCCCAGAAGUAUCUUGGGCAGGGCUACAGGAGGUACACUCUGGCGUUGACAUUUACCCUAUCAGUCUCCCCCCAAUCUGACCUUUACCACUACCCUGCCACCUUGGAGGCUGACGUGCAGGAUGUCGUCCUGCCCAGGGUGAAGGGGAGUUGCUCUGGCAAGGGGGUGCGUCUGCAGCUCCACUACGGCACCAUGGACAGCCAAUGGGAAGUGUACUUGGGGGGCCACAGGCUAGACUGGGAGUUGGUGGAACUCGGGGGCUAUGCCUUGGAGACCAGGUCGGACUACUUCAGUAUGGUGGUCCCUCUUUAUGGCCUGGGCAUGGCCUAUGAGGGUCUGAGUCUGCAGGGGUUGGUGGUGACUGUGAGUAUGACAUUUGAGGACAGGGAGACUUCCAGAAAGGAGCUAUCCUUUACACAGCGUUGUGUCUUUGCUGUGAAGGAACUGCUAGUGUGUUUACCAGACAAUACUGUAUUGGUAAUGGUGGAUAGCUCCAGUGUUUCUCCACCUGUGGAACCCGAACUAACAUCUCUGCUGGAUCCUACCUGUGUUCCCAUUGAGACAGAGGGAACCAGGUCUCUGUAUAGUUUUUCUCUAGACACCUGUGGCACAGUUGCAACAUUGGAGGAGGAUCAUAUUGUUUACACCAAUAAGGUCCAGUUUUGGCCUAAUGCCCCCUUUGGUAUGAAGACCCUUAACUCCCCAAAUCCCCAGUUCAGCAUUCCAGUUGGUUGCAUCCACCCAGUGAAUGGGACCCGUACAUUGACCAUUUACCAGCCCCGGGCUCUCCAAGCAUGGCCCUACAUCCGAGCCUUUCACUCCCACCACCAACACCCAGGGACCCAGGCAAACCCAUUCAUCCAAGGACAGAAACGUAAUGGGCUACCAGCUGGAGGUUGAUAAUGUAGCAGGGCACCCUGUCCUCUGAUGUGGACCUGUACCUACAGUAAAAUCAUCCCGAUCUCCAUGAUGCUGGGGGGUCCUGGCAUCAUAGUCGUACAC